CAAAUAAAAAAAGAGAUGGUGCGAAAAGAAAGUCAUGCGAUUGCCAUGGGAACAAUACAAGAAGACACUUCCCCGAGUUUUAUACGACAACGAGGUUUACUUGACCAAAAUGCAACGGUUGCGCCAAAUGCGUCACUCUCAUUCUUUACACCGCCAAGUGCAAGAAAGCGGUGGCGUUGGUGGGAUUAUAUGGCCGUCUUGUUUGUCUGCAUAGCCUUUAUAGAAAUCAUUAUUUUAAUCACCAAUGCGAUUCUCUUGUCUCUGGCCUCACGACCUGUUACAUUUAGUAAGAAUAUGCCCUCCUUUUUUUUAUAAAUGUUAUAUCCUCAUACACAAACUUAAUUGUAUCUUACAUGAAAAGCGAUUCGAAAUUACCCCAAGAUUUUGUAUAGACCAUUGGAUACAACGGUGCCGAUUGAAUUAGCAACGGACAGCACGGUAUAUCAUGUGACCAAAGAAUUCGGUCCAGCCACCAUGGGCGGGAUGGGCAUGGUAUUGACAGCCAUCACGCAAGCGCAAUUACACACGGGCAAAAUCACCCCUUACGUCGUGUUACCAUACUAUUCGAUCCUGAAAACCCAAGAACAAUAUCCAAUCAAAAAGACGGUGGAUCUUGUGAUUACAAUGAACAACGAAAAGGGAAAGAUGCAACAGGUUGAAUUUAAAGUAUCCGAGCUCGUGUAUGAUUUUCAUCCGAUUGAUGGAUUCGAAUUAUUACCAGCCGAAGAGAAAUUGGCCUCAAUUAAAAGGGCACGGACGUCACCCAACAGCGUCAAGGUUUAUCUGAUCGGUCCUGCUAAAUCCGGUAUCUUACGUAAGGCCUUUCGAGCCAGUUCCAUUACACAAAUUUAUUCUUCGCCCAAGGAUUUGCCUCAGGAAUGGAAGGACAAUUACUUUGAUAAAGCAGUGGCUUCCUUCAUCACUUGGAAAUCAGCGGGUAAACAUGAACAGUCCUUAUUUGAUCCUUUGCAUGUAGCUCAACCUCGCGUGGAUAUCGUUCAUUUGCAUGGAGCCACCAAUGCCUAUAUUGCUAAAUAUCUAAAAGAAUAUGAAAAGCAAACAGGACCCACACCCCCUUCCAUUAUUUACACUAUGCAUGAUUAUUUGGAUGAAUUACAGUAUACCAACCUACUAGAAAAUGUAGAGAAAUUCUCCAAUACACCUUUUACAAAGCAAGAGUUGGCUCCGUAUACGUUUGGCACAGAUAAGGUAUUUAUGUCCCCUUUAGCCAUUGAUUUGGCAGACCGUGUGACGUUUGUUAGUCAGAGCAUGGCAAAAGAUAUGGUGGAAGGAAGACUGGAUUUCUAUUUGAAGGAGGUUGUCAUGGAGAAUUUAUUACGCAAAGCAGAACGGGGUCAAUUUUUUGGGAUUAGCAACGGACUCGACUUUGAGGGUGGGGUAAAUCCUUUUACCGAAUCCAAAUUAAUCGAUCAUGGAUUAAAUUACCCUAGUUAUGCAAAGGCAUUGAUCGAUAAGAAGGAUGAUACGACACCCCGAGAGUGGACCUUAUCCAUGCAAGACAGUGAUUAUGUGACGGACACCAAGAAAAGAGCCAAAGCUUACUUGGUUGAAAAGGGCAUACUUCAAUCUGCAGACUUGAAUAGACCUCUUGUAUUAUUUGUUGGUCGAUUUCAAUACAAUAAAGGUUUGGAGACAUUUGAGGAAGCAACGCGUCUUUUCAAGUCGCACAAUAUGAAGUUCGCGAUUCUUGGUCAACCAAAUAAUUACCCUUUAAAAUGGGUACAACAACUGGCCGAGAAUCAUCGAGAGGAUGUGGUGUUAAUGACCCACACGGAAGAACAACGCGACUGGUUGAUUUAUUUCAGAGCGGCUGCUGAUUUUGUCUAUGUACCUAGUAUUACCGAGAGUUUUGGUCUGGUGGCAGCAGAAGGAUUAUUGUUUGGGUCGGGUGUAAUCUCUACAGGUACAGGUGGGAUGGGAGAGUUCUUGGUGGAUAGACAGGUGGAUGAAUAUACAGCUGAUGUAUUUGUAAAAGAAAAGACAGUUCAAAGUGCAUAUCGGUUUAAUGCAUAUCUAUUUGAUGCAACAGCUAAGCAAGGCAAUCAUCAGUUAUCUGAUGCGGUAAGACGUGCAGCCAAGGACUAUGCACAGAUGGAGCUAAUCCAAUCUUUACAUGAGGAAUAUGUGCUGAGAAUGAUGACGAGUGCCUAUGCCUUGGGCUGGGAUGGAGGGAAUGAAAGAGGACCGGUGUAUGAUUACCUCCGUGUGUAUCAACAGGCCAUUCAAGAGAAGCGAGAAUCUAGCGCUUUCGAUUUACAAUAAGAACCAUAAUAAUAUUUACUAGACAUAUAAUUUUUUUAAUAGAAAGAAUAAAAAGAACACGGUGGAAAAGAGUGUUUUCUAGAACAUUUAUUUCUGCCGGACCAAAAAAAAU